GUUUUAUGGAAGAGAAAGAGCAAGCUGAAAACCCACAAUUAUUGCAGAAUGAUAUUGAAACCUUUGGGACUCUUUGCAAAGAAAUGAACGAGACAUUAGAAGAAAGCCAAGAGAAGCUGGAAACUUUAAAGGAGAAGUUAACCAAAAUGAAUGAGACUAAUCCUCCAAAUAAUUCUGGGAGCAAUACUUUCCAAUAUAUUGAUGUGAAGUCAAUGCUAUUGCUUAACUAUGUUACCAGCUUGCAAUAUUUCACCCUCUGUAAAGCAGAAGGUAAAGAUAUGCAAGAGCAUGAAAUAUUUGAGAGACUCUCUUAUCUAAGGCUCAUUAUUGAGAAGUUAAAGCCUCUUGAUAAGAAAGUCGAUUAUCAGAUUGAGAAACUCUUAAAGUCGGCCUUGACACAGAGCCAAGGAGAGUCUGUGCUUCCUAAUAGAAAGCAGAAGGAAGAUAAUCUGAAGUACAGGCCAAACCUGAACAACUUUGACUCCAAGCAUAUUACCGAGAAAGCAGACCAGAACAUGGUUACAAUGGAAGGAGAGGGAGAAGCAGAAGGCGAAGACUCUAUCGAAGAUCUCUCAGAUGGCUCUGGUGAUGAAAAGAAGGCCAACCCCGAUAGCUCAGAUAUUGAUCCUGAUAACAUCAACAGCGAUGAUAUAGACUCAGACGCGCUUGAAAGAUUUGCUGUCAAGAAGCAGAAGGCACAGGCCAAGAACAAAUCAGGAGAGCAUAUUAAUGAAGAAGAGAUCUAUAAAGCAGUCACAAACAACCCAAUGAAGAUGGUUGAUACCUCUAGAAAAGCUCAAAAGCAGCGUGAAAAGGACCAAAAUAGGAUGAAAAGGGUUGAUCUGGUCAGAGAACUUAAGCAUGACAUGCUUGAUCUCCCAGAAGAGGUAAACUAUGGUAUCGCCUCUGGUAAUAGAAGACUCAUCGAGCAGGAGAAGGAAGAUGAAGAUCUUGAAAUGAAAUAUUUCAAGCGUAUUUCCUACACUGUGAAGGAACAGAAACAGAGAGAGAAGAAAAUUAAGAGACUACAGAAGUCAGACUAUUCAGGCAUCACUGACGGAUUCCAUGACUUCCAGAGAAUUCAGGAAUUCAUGGGAAAGACUUAUGGAGGUGACGAAGAUGAAGAAAUGCAGAAGCAUAUGGAGAAAGAAAAGUUCCUACAAGAAGUUAGAUCCAGGAAAAGAGACAAGAAGAGUAAAGUCAAGUUCCUUGAUGAGGAGAUUAAUUCUGAUGAAGCAGGUGAUGAUGUUCUGUUCCAAAAAUUACCUAAUAGAGGGAAUAAGAGUGGUACUGGGGACAAUAAGCCAAAGAAAGGAAAUAAGAAGAGAUUUAAGAGAAGAAAAAAUUAAGUUCAACUUACAAA